UGAAAUAUGGUUUUUUGAGAAACGCUGAGAUCCGGUUCCACACUUUCUCUCUCUAUCUCUAUCACCUUCUCUCUCUUCCCCCCCUCUCUCUCAAGGUUCUCUUUGUCCCUUAUCACCUCACGUUCUCACUUUCUUGCCCCCAUACAGGUUUUCCACCAGCCAAGAAACGGAUAGGAAAUUUUCAGAGGCACCACCGUUCAGAGAGCACAUCAGAACAAGACUCUCUUUCUCUCUCUGUCUUUCUCUCACUCUCAGCUACAUGGCCUCACUCUUCGAUCUGAAUCCACGUCUCUGAACUCAUUCCGUCGCCGUUUAAUCCCUUUAACCUCUCCAAUCUACGCUUUCUUUAUAUUACCGUGUACGAGCUCCGCGGAAGCCCUAAAUUGCUGUGCGGCGCGCCGAUUAGGCUGCCGCGUUUGGUAUCGUGUUCGAUCUCGCCGAACGGCGUCGUGUGGCUCAGCCCUGCGAACCCUAGGUCGUUGGAUCUGGAGGCGGAGGUCGCGUUCGCGGCGCUGCGGUUUGCUUUACGGUGAACCCUAGGUUUUUUUUCUGUGGCUGCCCAUGCUAUUGGGUUGGUUUUGAUGCCGCCUGAACCAUUGCCUUGGGAUCGAAAGGACUUCUUCAAGGAGAGGAAGCACGAGAGGUCUGAGUCACUUGGGUCAGUCGCCAGAUGGAGGGAUUCCUCGCACCACCGCGACUUCAAUCGCUGGGGAUCCGCCGAGUUUCGCAGACCGCCAGGGCAUGGUAAGCAGGGCGGUUGGCACCUGUUUUCUGAGGACUCAGGUCAUGGGUAUGCAAUUUCUCGGUCAAGCAGUGACAAGAUCCUUGAGGAAGAUAGUAGGCCCUCGAUUUCACGAGGUGAUGGGAAGUACGGCAGGAGCAGCAGGGAAAAUAGAGGACCCUUUGGUCAGAGAGAUUGGAGAGGGCAUUCGUGGGAACCCUCCAAUGGUACCGUGAAUUUACCCAGAAGGCCGCAGGAUAUGAACAAUGAUCAGAGGGCUGUGGACGACGCCCUAGGAUACUCUUCUCAUCCACAUUCCGAUUUCGUGAACUCUUGGGAUCAGCAUCAUCUUAAAGACCAGCAUGAGAAGAUAGGUAGUGUCAAUGGGUUGGGAACUGGCUCCAGAAGUGACAGAGAGAACUCUCUGGGUGACUGGAAGCCGCUUAAAUGGACCCGUUCUGGAAGCUUGUCUUCUCGAGGCUCGGGUUUUAGCCACUCAAGUAGCUCAAGGAGCAUGGGAGCAGCGGAUUCGCAUGAAGAGAAGGCUGAGUUGCAACAGAAAAGUGCAGCUGCUAAUGAGUCACAUUCAGGGGAAGCCGCUGCUUGUGCGACAUCUUCUGUGCCAUCUGAAGAUACGGCUUCUAGAAAAAAGCCAAGGCUGAAUUGGGGCGAGGGACUUGCAAAGUAUGAGAAGAAAAAAGUCGAGGUGCCUGAUGCAAGUGCAAACAAAGAUGGUCCUGUCUUGUCUGCUAGUAUCACCGAACCUUGUAAUUUCCUCAGUACCAGCUUGGUUGACAAAAGUCCAAAAGUUACAGGAUUUUCUGAAUGUGCAUCACCUGCAACUCCAUCUUCUGUCGCCUGCAGUUCCUCUCCUGGUAUGGAUGAUAAAUUAUUCGGAAAGACUACAAAUGUAGACAAUGAUGUUAGUAAUUUGACUUGUUCACCCGCUCCUUUGUCUGAAAAUAAUUUGCAGAGGUUUUCCUUUAACUUAGAGAAAUUUGAUAUGGGCUCCUUGAAUAAUUUGGGUUCUUCAAUUAUUGAGCUGGUACAAUCUGAUGAUCCAACUUCUGUAGAUUCUGGUCCAAUGAGGUCCAAUGCAAUUAAUAAGUUACUGAUAUGGAAAGCUGACAUUUCAAAGGUGUUGGAGAAGACCGAAUCUGAAAUAGAUUUACUUGAAAAUGAACUGAAGUCGCUGAAAUCUGAAUCUGGUGUUACAUGUCCAUUUGCGGUAUCCCUGGGCUCCCAGAUGGUAGGUAGUGGUGAAAAAUCCUUUGAAGGACAUAUUGGAGUCUCUGAUCAGGUCACCCGGCCGGUACCGUUGAAUAUUGUUGAUGAUGCCAAUACAGAGAAGGUGCCAUUCUCAACUAAUUUACAUAGUGUUCAUGAAAAUGUAAAGGAAGAGGAUAUUGAUAGUCCUGGAACAGCUACUUCUAAAUUUGUUGAGGCUCCGCCUGUUUCUUGUGGUACUGGAGGAGGAUAUGUUAAUUUCUCCCAGGACUUGGAUUCUGUUCCAUCUGCAGCUGUGAAAUACUUAAUUCCCUGUACUGCUAGGAAAGAUGUUAUUGUACCUUGUGUUGAUGGCAAGACUUCUUUGGAGGUAAAUGAUAGCAUGGAUAUUUUAUGUGGUACAAUUAUUUCUUCCAAUAAAGAAUCUGCCAACAAAGCUAGUGAGGUGUUUGAUAAUUUAUUGCCCAAAGAUUGUUGUAAGAUUGGGAGGAUGGGAACCAGCAGUGACACAUGCAAUCAGACCUUGAUUAGGGAAAAGUUUGUUGAGAAAAAGCGACUUGCUAGGUUUAAGGAGAGAGUUAUUGCACUUAAGUUCAGAGCUUUGCAUCACUUGUGGAAAGAAGAUAUGCGUUUACUUUCUAUCAGGAAAUGCCGACCAAAAUCUCACAAAAAGAAUGAACUAAGUGUUCGAACUACCUGUAAUGGUAACCAGAAGAACCGAUCAUCCAUUCGAUCACGUUUUCCCUUUCCUGCAGGAAAUCAUCUGAGCUUGGUUCCAACAUCAGAGAUUAUUAAUUUUACAAGCAAACUGCUUUCAGAAUCUCAAGUUAAAGUGCAGAGGAACACUUUGAAGAUGCCGGCAUUAAUUUUGGAUGAAAAAGAGAAGACGAUUUCAAAGUUUGUAACUAGUAAUGGGCUGGUUGAAGAUCCAUUGGCUAUUGAGAAGGAAAGGUCUUUGAUUAAUCCUUGGACACCACAAGAGAGAGAAAUUUUCUUGGAGAAAUUUGCUGUCUUUGGAAAAAAUUUUAGGAAAAUUGCUUCUUUUCUUGACCACAAGACAACUGCUGACUGUGUUGAAUUCUACUACAAAAAUCAUAAAUCUGAUUGUUUUGAGAAACUUAAGAAGCAAGAUGUUGGUAAGCUGGGGAAGACAUUUUCAGCUAAAACUGACUUGGUGGCAUCAGGUAAUAAAAAAAUCCGUGCAGGAAGCUCACUUUUGGGUGGAUAUGGUAAAGUAAAGACGUCGAGGGUUGAAGACUUCAUUGAGAAAUCAGGCAGUUUUGACAUUCUUGGGGAUGAAAGAGAGACUGCUGCUGCAGCUGAUGUAUUGGCAGGUAUAUGUGGUUCUCUUUCAUCCGAGGCUAUUGGUUCCUGCAUAACAAGUUCUGCCGAUGCAGUAGAAGGUAGCAGGGAUAGGAAGUUCCUGAAAGUAAACCCUUUAUACAAGCUGCCCUUGACACCAGAUUUAACUCAGGAUGUUGAUGAUGAGACUUGUUCGGAUGAGAGCUGUGGUGAAAUGGAUGCUACAGACUGGACUGAUGAUGAGAAGGCUGCCUUUCUUCAGGCUGUAUCUUCUUUUGGGAAAGAUUUUGCCAAAAUAGCUCGAUGUGUUGGGUCAAGGUCCCAAGAACAGUGCAAAGUUUUCUUCAGCAAAGGCCGCAAAUGUCUUGGAUUAGAUCUCAUGCGCCCAAUACCUGAAAAUGUUGGAUCCCCAGUGAACGAUGAUGCAAAUGGGGGUGAGAGUGACACUGAUGAUGCAUGUGUCGUGGAGACAGGCUCGAUGGUUGAAACUGAAAAGUCUGGCACUAAAACAGAUGAGGACCUGCCUUUUUAUGGAACAAAAACAUUCAAUGACGAUUCCAAUCCUGUGCAAGCUAGGAACAUGUCUGCAGAAUUAAAUGAAUCAAAGGGGACUGAUGGGACUGAAAUAGAUAUUGAAGAUGCAAAUGUGGUUUCUGAUGCAUGUGCAAUUGAUAUUGAUUCUAAACUGGGCUGUGAUGUUAGUAAAUUUGCCUUGUGUGGUUCUGUCAGUGGACAAACAACUGUAAUCAUUGAACCAUGAGAGAUUAAUUCUUUUGUUGAGGAUAGAAUGGUGGUUUCCGAGGUGUCUUCGGGAAGACCUGGUAAUGAAUUGGAGAGGCAGAGAGUGUCUUCACCCCGAUGUCUUGAUGAUAGAGAUAGUAAACAAGAAGCUGAUUCGGGUGUCAUAGUUGAUUUGAAAAGCCCUGUGCACAUUCUAAGCACUAUGGUAAAUGCUCCCGUCUCGUCAUUUGGAAAUUCCUGUUCAGGAUUGACUUCUAGUACUGAAAAUAAGCACGUACCCAUUGGACAGCCUCAUACCUCACCGUUGUCUGUGGACGAACAUCAAGCAUCUUCAAAUUCAUUUUUACAAAAUACUGUUGCUUCUGAUAUUCAGUGUGAGAAAACAGCUAGCCAAGAUAGACUAUCUUCUACCUGUGAUAUUCAGGUUAGCACGGAUGAGCAGCCCCCUAUUACUGGGAUUUCAUCAGACCAUGUUGAUACCGGAAGUAUUCUCCAGGGCUAUCCCAUGCAAGCUCCCAUUAAGAAGGAGAUGAAUGAUGAUAUGAACUGUAGCAGUUCAGCAGCAGAAUUGCAUCUUUUGUCCCAGAAGAUUGAACAGCCUGAUGAUCAAACCAAAAAAUUACAGUCGUUGGAUUCAGAUAAAACAUCCAGAAAUGGUGAUGUCAAACUUUUUGGGAAGAUACUAACCAAUCCUUCAUCAACACAGAAACCUAAUGUGGGUGCUAAAGGUAGUGAAGAAAAUGGUACCCACAAUCAUAAGUUCAGCAAACCUUCUGGUGUGAAAUUUACCGGACAUAAUGCAGAUGGGAAUUUGAAAAUUUUGAAGUUUGACUGUAAUGAUUAUGUUGGCCUUGAAAAUGUUCCCAUGAGGAGUUAUGGUUAUUGGGAUGGGAACAGAAUACAGACUGGACUCUCUUCUUUGCCAGAUUCUGCUAUCUUGCUAGCAAAGUAUCCUGCAGCCUUCAGUAAUUAUCCCACACCUUCUGCCAAAUUGGAGCAACCGUCAUUGCAAACAUUUUCCAAGAAUAAUAAUGAACAGCUCCUAAAUGGCAGUAAUGCCGUGAUUGAUUAUCAGAUGUUUAGAAGGGAUGGUCCGAAAGUGCAGCCAUUUAUGGUAGAUGUGAAGCACUGCCAGGAUGUAUUCUCUGAGAUGCAGAGAAGAAAUGGUUUUGAAGCAAUCUCAAGUUUACAGCAGCAGAGCAGGGGAGUGAUGGGAAUGAAUGGGGUUGGAAGACCGGGGAUUCUUGUGGGAGGAUCGUGCAGUGGUGUCUCAGAUCCUGUGGCAGCAAUCAAAAUGCAUUAUUCCAAUUCUGACAAGUAUGGUGGUCAGUCUGGGAGUAUUGCAAGAGAAGAUGAAUCAUGGGGAGGGAAGGGGGAUUGAGCGGCAAACACCUCUUUUUGCCGCCCUCUGUAUUAUAGUUUUUGUUAUUGCUUAAUACAGUGUAGGGCGAUUUAAUGGUUCUCAAGCCCGUCUUUUUGGUAAAAUAUUUAGGUGCUUGUAAUAUGGCAGCAGCUUUGUAUUUGUUGUAUUGGAUGAAAAUACAGAAAUAAUCUCUGAAAAGGUUAGGAGGGGCGAUUGCCAUUACCAUUGCCAAA